CAUCUCGACCCGCAUCAACCGCAUCAGCAGCAAGCAUCAUGGCUCCUCCUAUGGUCCGCCUGUCGUACAACGACAUCCACAAGGCUAUCCAGGCGUCCGCGCCCAAGAUCAUCAAGGAUUUUGCCCCCGACCUCUUCAUCGCCAUCGGCGGCGGAGGCUUCAUCCCCGCGCGUAUCCUCCGCACGUUCUGCAAGACGACCGAGGACGGCAAGAAGCGCAACAUUCCCAUCCAGGCUGUCGGCUUGACGCUGUACGAGUCGCUCGGUGGUAUCGAGGAGCAGAUCGGCAACGAGGUCGUCCGUGUCCAGUGGAUCGACUUUAGCACCGUAAGUGACUUCUGCCAGACCGCGCUAACUCCCCAGCUCGGCUCCAAGCUCAAGCACGGCGGUCUUCUUGGCCGUCGUAUCCUCGUCGUCGACGAGGUGGACGACACGCGCACCACCCUCGUCUACACCAUCCGCGAGCUCCAGAAGGACAUCAACAAGCAGCUCGAGCUCGUCACCGACGUCGCCGAGCGCGAGCGUCUCCGCGAGGCGACCAAGCUUGCCAUCUUUGUUGUCCACAACAAGCUCAAGCCCAAGGCCGGCGAGGUCCCCGAGGGCGUGCAGUACUUCUCCGCCGUGGACACGCCCGACGUUUGGCUCGCGUACCCCUGGGAGUGUGAGGACGACAUUGACGAGCACGACGCGCUGCGCGUCAACAACCCCAAGGUCGAGAACCUCUAAGUGGGGUACGACGGAGGUGGCCUGCCACCGCGGCCACACUUAGAGUGUAUGAUUAUGCAUAUGCACAUGCUUAGAGUGGG